CGUGGCCUAAUAAUGCCAGCCGCUAACAGCAGGGUGGGUUUAUGAUCGGGGACCUACUUUACGCAACUGGUUCUGUGUUUCAACACAGAAAUCAGACAGUUCCUCUGAACAUGGGCCAACAUAAUAAAUAAAUGUAAUACAAUAAACGCAUUAGCGGGUCGCUCGCUGUAUGUCUUCAUCAGACGGACUGUCCCAGUUUUCGUGUUAAGUGUCCCUGGAACCUAUGGAGGGGAGACUUGCACAAGGAUGAGGCUAGAACGGGAAGUCCUGAUGUUGUUUAUCCUUAUUGUUGUGUAGAGAGGCGGCAGAGGCAUGGCCUUGCGGGCAUCUCCAUUUCCUAAUGGGUUUGUUGCAGGCAUCCAUGCUGUUGGAUGGGCAUUCAUCCUGCCUUGCUUCUGGUUUCUUGAUCGCCUCAUUUCUGUGUGCAAAACCACCACCUUGGAGCGAUCCCAGCGACUGGAGCAGGAAUGCUACCUCCACCCACUCAAGGUCUUCUUCGGCUCCAUUAUCUUCUUCAUUCUUUUUCUCAUUGCAGCGCCCUUUGCCUUCUUGGGCUUUCUGCUAUGGGCACCUCUUCAGGCCUGCCGAAGGCCCUUCAGCUACCAUAGAGAGACACCGUCCUCACCAGAGAUGGAGACACACACGGGCUUUGAGCUGGUAGGAAAGGCAUCAUUUGGAUUUGCCACAGCCAACCUGUGUCUGUUGCCUGACAGCUUGGCUCGCUUCAACAACCUGGGGCACACCCAGCGCAGGGCUACUGCCAUUGGUCGGCGUAUUGUGCAGGGUGUGUGUCGACCCCAUAUCCGCAUCUUUGUUGACUCCCCCAGCAGCUGUGGGACUCUCAGCCCCUCCAACAGCAUACUCCCCACAGGUCACCCAUGUACAUAUGGGGCUACUGACAAACAGGAUCACCAUUCAGACUCAGCUGAAGUUUCAAUCCCAAAUUCCAAUAGUCAUGUAGUUUGUGUACCCUGUAAUGACACAGAAGAGCCUUCGACUGAGGCACCUACUCCUGUUUUAAACUCAAAUCAGAACUCCAACCAGGAAGGCCGAGCAGGUCACCGGACUGCUCCCCGAGUGUUACUCUCCCAGGGUCUUCGCCAGGAGGAUAAUGUACCCUGGGAAGUGUCAUCACUGUUUCCCGCCAACGUGGACAUACUAUGCCUAGAAGAGGUGUUUGAUAAGAGAGCAGCACAGAAGCUCACCCAAUUACUAAGACCCGUUUUUGGACACAUACUGUAUGACGUUGGUGUGUAUGCCUGCCAGCCGCCAUGUGGAUGUUCCUCUUUCAAGUUCUUCAACAGUGGCCUCUUCCUAGCCAGCCGAUUCCCUGUGCUCGAGGCCCAGUACCGCUGCUUUCCCAACAGCCGCGGGGAAGAUGCACUUGCUGCCAAGGGCCUCCUUUCUGCUAAGGUGCUAAUCGGGCAGAAUAAGAAUCAGAAGAGAGUGGUUGGCUAUUUUAACUGCACACAUCUUCAUGCACCAGAGGGUGAAGGGGAAAUUCGCUGUGAGCAGUUGAACAUGGUCACUAAGUGGACUGGCGAUUUUCAAGCUGCUAAUAAACAGCCCAACGAGGACGUUGUUUUUGAUGUGCUCUGUGGAGAUUUCAACUUUGACAAUUGCUCACCUGAUGACAACCUGGAGCAGAAUCACUGUUUGUUUGAGGAAUACAGAGAUCCUUGCAGGGCAGGGCCUAGACAAGAGAAGCCGUGGGUCAUUGGUACUCUGCUGGAGCAGCCCACGUUGUACGAAGAUGACGUUAACACCCCAGAAAAGCUACAAAGAACUUUGGAGAGAGAGGAGCUGAGGAAGCGGUACAUUUCCCCUCCUGUUCCUGUAGAGGGCAUCCCAUUGGUUUACCCUGAGAAUGGGGAACCGUGGAUCGGACGGCGGAUUGACUACAUCCUGUACCGUGAAAGCUCCAUUUCAAAGCACUGCCAAACAGAAAUAGAAGAGAUGACUUUUAUAACUCAGCUGGCUGGCCUUACGGACCAUAUUCCUGUGGGCUUGAGACUGAAUGUAACGCUGGACUCUGACCGUGCUGAAGAAUGAGGAUUAAAAACUGAACACAGCGUCACUUUCAAACAAAAGAACAAAAUAUACAAAAAUGUACAUUUCUCUGAUCUACAAGGGCACAACAAUGUUUUCAUUACAUACUUGAAUUUGUAAUUUUCCAAAUAAUGUGUGUACUGACCAAUGAGAUUAUAUUUCAGGAAUUUAUGGAUUUAUGAAAAAAUUUGCAAUGUUUAUAAUUUUACACAUUAAAGCAUGUUUAAGACGGAUGUAUUGAUUUUGUAAAAGAAUAUAUUUGUAGGAAUUUUGAACAUUUUUCCUACAGAAAUAAAUGUAAAGAAUACAUUUUAA